AUGAAUAAAAUUCAACAAUUUUCUAAAUUAGUAAUUGAUGCCCGCAGUGAUCUUGAGAAAACUCGCGAAAUCAAUCAAGCACUUCAGGAUCAUGUACAACGAACAAUGAAAAAGGAUAUUCAAGAAUUAAUUCGGAAGAUUAGUGACUUAGAAAUAAAAGGGCAUUUGAUUACAGAUUUGUGGCAGCAAAAAUUUGAAUAUAAGAAUGCAGCUAAAUAUAACAUCGACAAAAAUGAUAAUAUAAUAACGAUUGAACGCAAGCUUGUAAGUAAUGAUCGACGUAAGCUGAUUCUCUGUUCCAAUGAUAAUCUAAAUGAAAACAAUCCGUCAAAACUUAAGGGCUUUCGUCGAAUAUUACGUGAAAAACAGAGGAGUAAUUUGACGUUACGCCUUAUCUAUGCUGAUUUUUCUUAUUCUUCGUUUCGACUCCAGGACAUGAUAAUAUUACCGUCCAAUGAAAUUGACUAUAGCGAAAAUCAUUCGAAGCAGCAAGUAUUCUCUCAAAUUAGUGGCCCUCCCACUCCUCGAUUUUUACCAGUACCAUCUGAAUCAGUGUUAGUACCAAAUGAUAAAACUAUUAAUAUUCUUCUUCUUGGUGAAACUGGUGUUGGUAAAUCAACCUUUAUCAACGCUUUUGCCAAUUAUCUUACGUUCGAUUCAUUUGAACAAGCCGAAUCAAGUGAACCUAUCGUAAUCAUUCCUGUUUCAUUCGUGAUGACAGUUGGUGAUAAUUUUGAAGAACGAAUAGUCAAAUUUGGCGAACUCGAUCGUUUUGACAAUGAAAAUGUCAACACUCUAGGACAAUCGAUAACACAACAUUGUAAAUCUUAUACAUUUGAUCUUAAGCGUAAUGAAGAUGAUAAUCGAAGAAAGGUACGCAUUAUUGAUACGCCCGGUUUUGGUGAUACACGAGGUCUUGAUCAAGAUGAUCAAAAUAUGGAACAUAUUUUACAAUACAUCAAUAAUGUUACACAUUUGAAUGCUAUUUGUUUUCUUCUCAAACCAAAUACAUCACGAUUACAUAUAUUUUUUCGUACAUGUCUUAUUCAAUUAUUUUCUCUUCUUGGUUCAACAGCUUCGAAUAAUAUUAUCUUUUGUUUUACUAAUGCACGAUCAACAUUUUAUACACCGGGAAAUACAGCUUCAUUACUCAAAACUAUGCUUGUAUCAGCUUCAAUGGAUAAUAUUUCUUUCAAGAAAGAGAAUACAUAUUGUUUUGAUAGUGAAGCAUUUCGAUAUUUAGUUGCUUUACAAAAUGGAAUUCCGUUUGCCGAUGAAGAAAAGGAAGAAUAUCAAAUGAGUUGGUCAACGUCAGUAAAAGAAUCCAAUCGUUUAAUGGAUUAUAUUAAUAAAGAACUCACUGAAUAUCGUAUAGAGAAUGAAUGGCAAACAAUUAAACAUGCUCAAUUCGAAAUUUCUUAUAUGAUUCGACCUAUAUUAGAAACAAUGAGGAACACUCUUCGCAAUAUUAUUCUAUGGAAGAAUACAUUGAAUCAAUUCAUUAAACUAAAUGCAAAACCUCUCCACUCAAGAGCUACUCGGUGUCUUUCGUGUAAAGGUGAUCUUGAACAAGUUGCUGAAUUUUGGAUUUUUUCUACUCGUACACAUGCGAUUGAAAAAAAUGGUUGUCUUAUGUGCAUGUGUUCUCUUGAUCAACAUGUUACAAUCGACUAUGCUCUCAGCUAUACACGUUUGAAUAAUACUUUCCAUGAUGUUCAAAAUGCAAUGGUUGAGAGAUUAACUGCACUGUCUCAUGCGAGUGUUGAAUUCGCUCAUUUUCUCAUUCAUACAGCCUAUUCUACAAAAGAUGAUCCAUUUUUGAAUGGUUUGGUUGAAAUGAUUGCUGAAGAAACAUAUACCUGUGAAAUUAAAAUAUCAAAUAAUUUUAAUAAACAAUUGUGCGAAGAAUUGUCGAAACUUGCAAAUGAAUAUGAACAACGAAUGAACAAAAAGAAAUCGAUUCAAGAAAAUAUCAAUCUACCAACUGUGUAUAAAUUCAUUAAGAUCAUCAGUGAAUAUCCUGUAGUGCAUGAACAGAUAAUAGCUGUUAAGAAGAGACAUCGGAUGAUGAUUGAAGAAUACGAAUAUGAAGUACAAAAGAUGUGA